AUGCAUCUUCAAAUUCUCCCCAUCCUCCUUUCCCUCAUCCACCUCAUCACCGCCCUACCCCAACAAACCCCCUGUCCAUCCACCCCCCACCCCACACUCCCGCAAUACCGCCUCGCCUACCACACAUACUGCACCCGCCACUUCACCCCCUCGCGAUUUCUCGUUCCGAAUGAAAAACUGGUGUUCACAUAUAGCCUUACGGAUGCGAGGGGGAGGCCCGUGUUUUGGGUGCUGAGUGCGGUGUGGGAGCAAGGAGGGUUUCUGGGCGGAGGGAGCAUGGAGGCUGGGGUGGAGGCGUGUUUGGAGUGGUUUGGGAGGGGGGAGGGGGAGUGUGUGGAGAGGGAGGGAGGGAUGGGGGUGAGGGGGUGGAAGGGGAAGAGGGGGGGUGUGAGGGUUGAGGCUAGGAGGAGGGGGGGUUAA